GAGACUUGAAAGUGAAAGACAAAGACACAACAACAUAUCGCUGUCUUAGCCUCUGCAUCCCUCAAAAUUCACUCACUUUGCUUCUAUAAUUCUCUCUCUGUUCCCAUCAUCUUCUUCCAUCUUUACCUCCAAACUUUGGGGCUCCGAGCCCCGAACCGAAACCGGAGAGGGCGCAAGUCAUAUACUUCUGUUGAUUUUCGCUCUGCAUUUUCUCGGGAAGAAGUUUCAGAAGAAAUGUACCCGCUUAUCCGGUCGUUACCAUUGGAUGGGAGUGUGGGAGAUUAUCAAGGGUCGCUUGAUGGGACCAACUUGCCUGGUGAUGCUUGCUUGGUCCUAACAACGGAUCCGAAGCCUCGACUCCGAUGGACAGCCGAGCUUCAUGAACGUUUCGUCGAUGCUGUUACUCAACUUGGUGGCCCUGACAAAGCAACCCCUAAGACUAUUAUGAGAGCCAUGGGAGUAAAAGGCCUUACCCUCUAUCACUUGAAAUCACAUCUUCAGAAAUAUCGGCUGGGGAAGCAAUCUUGCAAGGAAUCAACUGAUAACUCUAAGGAUGCUUCUUGUGUUGCAGAAAGUCAGGACACUGGUUCAUCUACAACAUCAUCAUCGAGAAUGGUAGCGCAGGAUUUGAAUGAUGGUUUACAGGUUACUGAAGCUCUUCGAGUGCAGAUGGAAGUUCAACGAAGACUACAUGAACAGUUGGAGGUACAGCGUCGUCUUCAACUUCGGAUUGAAGCACAAGGCAAAUACCUACAGUCAAUACUCGAGAAAGCCUGUAAAGCUCUGAAUGAUCAGGCUGCUGCUUCUGCUGGUCUUGAAGCUGCCAGAGAAGAGCUUUCUGAACUGGCUAUCAAAGUUUCCAACGAUUGUCAAGGGAUGGUCCCUCUUGAUAACAUAAAAUUGCCUUCCUGGACCGCAGCUCUAGAGAACAAAAUUACUUCCAGUAUUCCGGCCCGAAUUGGUGAUUGCUCCGUUGAAAGUUGCUUGACUUCUACUGGAAGCCCUGUUUCCCCAAUGGGUGUUGGUUCUAUUAUGAAGAAGAGGCCAAGGCCCUUGUUUGGAAAUGGAGACCCUUUGCCCUUGGAUGGCAACAUAAGGCAAGAAAUAGAAUGGGUGAUGCCUAAUAUUAGUUGAGUAGCAGGACUUUUCCAUCUUAGAAAUGGUACCUUCUCCCUUUCCUUUAUUUUUUCCUUUUGUUUACUCCUUGUCUAGUUAAUCUAAAUGUCUUUUAUUUUAUCAUCUGUAUCAUCAGUGGUCUGUAUAUUCUAAAAGCAGAUCCUUUUGAAUAUGGGGUUACCUCCAAAACUUGAGAUUGCCUUCCCUUGCACAGUGUUAUGAGACAUCGUUUCGUUAGUUCACCUUUGAAGUUAAUGCAUGAUCAAAAGAUUCAAGACAAGAAUUUAUCCGAAGGACAAUCAAAAGACCACUCCAUCGGAGUGCUUCUGAUUUUGUUUUUAAUUUUAAUCAAUUGUUUCAAUGAGAAUUGGACUAUAUUUCCGCAUCCUAUUCAGUUUUCCAUUUCAUAUGAAUAGAUCCAUUCACUAUAAAAUAAUUCAUGAAUUGCUGUUAUACUUGAAGAUUAUUAGCCUGAUAUCUCUAUAUCAGAGUAUUAUGUGAUGAGAUCAUUUUCUGAGUCAAGAAAAUAAACAGGAGUCUAAAUCUUUAUUCUGGGGAGGUUGGAUGGAGUUAUUAUAGAUUCCUAAUGCAAAACUCCAUUUUCGUGUUGAAAGCUUAAAAUUUUGUGGUUUGAACCUCAUCGGUCCCCCACUUCUCUAGCCACAAACCUUCCAUGAGAGCAAGAGUACGACCUGCACGUGCAUGAAUGAUAAAACAAACAUCUUAGCCUUCGAAAAUGCAUGAGUUCCAACUAGGAUCUUAGUUUAGCUUGUUAGUAUAUUUAUCCUUAAAAGGUGGUAUUCAAAAGAUUCUGUAAUUUAAAACAUAACAUUGAUAACUAUUUUUAUAUUCGAAAGGUGGUGUUCUAUUGUUUCAUUUGUCUGUGUAACUCUGUAUUGCAGUUUCUCCUUUUAGAUCAUUUUUGUAACAUUUUUUUCUAGUUAGAUUCUUUCGGUUUGUAAAAAUGGAGUUUCGGUCAUGAAAAUUUACACAAUUUCAUGAAAACCUGUAGCUUUAAGCUCUUCCUAAACUUUUAUUUCAUAUGGAUCUAGAAAUUUUUGUAAAUGGUUACUGCUUAUUACCAAUUUACCAGAAUAGUGUAAUCAAAUUCUGGGGAAUCAGAGAUUUGG